UUUCCCCAGGGGAGGGAGGGGGGUUGGGAGGCGCGAUUGCCUUUGACGGUGAUUGGUCCUUUGCGGUACCUGUCUCGGCCGUUGCCAACCGUCUGAGCGAUCAUGGCAACCGGCGCCGCCCGGAGCGACGCGGCAAUGACAGCGGCUGGAGGGGCCCGGGGGAGCUCUGCCGCCUGGUAAUGGAGUCGGCCGGGACCGAGCCCGAGAGCUGCCCCCCGGCCCAGGAGCCGCCAGGGUCCCCGGCCCUCCCCGCCGAGGAGCCGGAGCGGAGCGAGGCCGCCCCGGAGCCCCAGCAGGCGGCUGAAGGGGUCCCCUCGCCGGCCCCGGUGGCUCAGGGCAGGAGGCCCAGCGGCCCGGGCUCGAAGGGACAGGCUAAGCGGGGCGGGGCGGGGAAGGGGGGCCGGGGCAAGCGGGGCUCGACCCGCCGUGCCGGGGAGGAGGGAGGCCGGCCCGCCCGGCGAGCCCAUGUCACCGUGGACAGCUCCAAGGCCAAGACCUCGCUGGAGGCGCUGAAGAUCAGCUUGCGGCAGCUCCGCUGGAGAGAGUUUCCAUUUGGUCGGCGCUUGCCCUGUGAUAUCUAUUGGCAUGGGGUAUCAUUUCAUGAUAAUGACAUAUUCUCAGGUCAAGUCAACAAGUUUCCAGGCAUGACAGAAAUGGUGCGUAAAAUUACCCUGAGUCGGGCAGUGCGAACAAUGCAGGAUCUAUUUCCCGAAGAGUACAACUUCUAUCCCCAUUCAUGGAUUCUGCCAGAAGAGUUUCCCCUCUUCGUUGCUGAGGUUCGCAUGAUGAAAGAGAGCGAUCCACCCUGGAAGCCCACUUUCAUUGUGAAACCUGAUGGUGGGUGUCAAGGGGAUGGAAUCUACCUCAUUAAAGACCCCAGCGACAUUAGACUAGCAGGAAAUCUACAGAGCCGGCCAGCUGUAGUCCAGGAAUAUAUCAGCAAACCGCUGCUGAUUGACAAACUGAAAUUUGAUAUUCGUCUAUAUGUCUUACUGAAAUCUUUAGAACCAUUAGAGAUUUAUAUAGCCAAAGAUGGACUCUCUAGAUUUUGUACAGAGCCGUAUCAAGAACCCACCCUGAAAAACUUGCACCAGGUAUUUAUGCACUUAACCAACUAUUCACUGAAUAUUCACAGUGGGAACUUCAUCCAUUCUGACAAUGUAAACACCGGCAGCAAAAGGACUUUUUCAAGCGUUCUCUACAGACUGUCUUCCAAAGGGGUUGACAUCAAGAAACUGUGGUCGGAUAUAAUUUCAUUGGUGAUUAAGACUGUUAUUGCACUGACUCCAGAGCUGAAAGUUUAUUACCAAUCUGAUAUACCAGCUGGAAAGCCUGGGCCAACUUGCUUCCAGAUUUUAGGAUUUGACAUUCUCCUAAUGAAAAAUUUGAAGCCUGUGUUACUUGAAGUAAAUGCAAACCCCAGCAUGAGAAUAGAACAUGAGCAAGAGCUUUCUCCAGGAGUGUUUGAAAAUGUCCCAAGCCCCGUUGAUGAAGAAAUAAAAGUAGCUGUCAUCAGAGAUACCCUUCGUCUAAUGGACCCGUACAAAAAGAAGAAAAAAGAUAAUCACCUUCCAGAUACCUGUAUGGACUCAAAGCAAAGAUUUCCUCCAAUCUCAAGCAGAUUGCCACGAUCAAAUCUUCAGUUUUCAAAGUUUGCAAUAGUCAGAUCUCAACUGUCUGAGAAUGCAUCAGACACAAAAGAUGAACUAUUGGAACCAGGAUCAACAGACCAAUUGGAACAUGAUAUCAGCAAAAAUCCAGAAGCCAGCUUACCCUCCCUUUGUCUCAAGCAAGUGUUUCCAAAAUAUGCCAAACAGUUCAGCUAUCUGCGACUGGUGGACAGAAUGGCUGCAUUGUUUAUCCGAUUCCUUGGAGUAAAAGGGACAAUGAAGUUGGGACCAACAGGUUUCCGAACAUUUAUAAGGAACUGCAAGCUGAGUAACAGCAAUUUUUCAAUGGCUUCCGUGGAUAUUCUGUACAUCGAUAUCACAAGAAGGUGGAAUAGUAUGGGACUAGACCAAAGAGAAUCAGGGAUGUGCUUGCAAGCCUUCAUAGAAGCUUUCUUUUGCCUGGCUCAGAGAAGAUACAAGUCACUCCCACUUCAUGAGCAAGUGGCAUCAUUGAUUGAUUUCUGUGAAUACCAUCUAGCCAUCCUCGAUGAGAAGCGCCUGGUUUGCAGCCGAGGAAUAACGGAACGCCGAGCAGCUCUGGUUACCUGUCAGCCAGAUGGACUCCACCUCACGGCAGCUACUCAUGCGCCUCUCCUGAACCGCAUGACUGCUGCCAAUAAACUUACAGAUUAUAGAAAUCAUCGGUCUUGAUGGGCACUAUCAAGGAAAAAAGACAAUGACAGGGCUGGAAACUGAUCCCUGAACACAUGCUGCAGGAGGCGAAACACGGGCUCUUGAGUUCUUCCAUCUGACAUUCACCGUAAUGUAUUACAGCUUUCCCUGAUUUAUGCUCUUCAGAAGUGACUGUUGCAAACUUCCCCUUCCACGUAAUGACUCUCAGUGGAAAUGGCUGUUGUUUAUUAUUUCCCCAGUGGACAUACAAAAUAGCUGAAAUGACAAACUGCGUCUUUUAUUCAGAGUUUAUAGAAAAUCAUUUAUGAAGACAAAGGGGCAAAAAUGCAACGUUACAAUAACUGGCAUCAUGGGGUUGAUAGCACUGACUGAGAGGGGCAACCUCAGAGAAGGAAUUUCAGCUCAGUAAUGCCUUGGAGAAGCCAAUUUCUACAACACGAGCAACAUGUUUUUGAGCCGCGCUGUGUGUUCUGGACAUUGUUUUGAAAUCAAGUAAGGAGAUGCAAACUGGCAUUUCUAAAUUGUGUGCGUUUUUAAAAACUAAAACUCCAAAUUAUGCAUUUGAUCACAUUUUAGGCUUUGUCUCUCUCUUAUGAGGAUUUAACUGUAUUUUGUUUUGUGUGUAUUGAUACAGAUUUUGUCUGUUGGGUGCCGGCAGCUACAUACUGGAUUUUUAAAAAAAGUUAAUCCUAAAGCGCUGAAAUCAUAACCACUUUUGAGGUCCAGCUCUUUGCACACAGCCUUUGUUACUCCAACUGCCCUUAUAGGUCAAAAGAAAAGGUUAAAAUGGCUAUCAAUCCUACCCACCCGUAUACCCCAAACCAGCUCCAUUAAGUUCUCUAAAUUGAUAGGUGGUACUUCAGCAGGAUUGCAUGCAUGUGGAUUGAUGAGCACUGAUCCUGCAAAGAGAACUGCAAAGGCUCACCCCAACAUUGUUCUCUUUUCAGGGUCAGGGCCUGGGAGCCAGAUCUAAAGCCCAGGGAAGUCAGUGGGGCUUAAGUGGCCUCUGGAUCAGGCCUAGGUGAGUUACAGUUGUCAGGAUCAGAUACUAGUUAUGAUCUUCAUGGCCUUGAAUGGUUGAGGACCCCGCCACUCAGAUCUCCAAUUUCCCAUGGUCCCAAAACAAUUAAUAAAAAAAUGUAGAUUUUUUCCAAGCAUUUCAUCUUCUGGGACAAGUGUGAGGGCAUUCUUGGCUGAAGGCCUCUGUGAGAACCUGAGUUUGAAUUCAGAGCACAGCACUCUUCACUCCCACUGGAUUGGGAGCUGAGGGCACUUAGCAUCAUGUAGAGUUAGGCCCAUAGGGCCUGAAAGCAAAGCCUGUUGAAGUCAAUGGAAGACUCCCAUUAGUUUGGAUUAGUCCCUUAGUUAGGCCUUGAUGUUAGUAUUAUGGCAAACCUCUGAAUUCAUUAAGAUCUGGGUCAGGUCCUCAGUGGGUGUAGAUUGGUGUAGCUCCAUCUGACUGAGAGGCUUUCAGGACAUCUGGGCACUGUUACAGCAAUAACAAAGAGCAAUGCUCUGGGGCCAGAUUGCAAAUUAAAAUGAAGGUAAUUCUAUUGUUUGGUCCUUUGGAGAGGAAAACAACUAGAAUUGUUCAUUACGUAUAGUGCUUUAUUUACUUCAUGAGCACUAGCUCUCUGUGCCACUGCAUAUUACCCUGUAACUAUGCUCUGCAGAUAGGAGCAAUUCCAUACUUUGUUUUUUUUAUUUUAAUAAUUAUUUGAACAGCUACUGUACAUAUUUUCUCUGUACUUGUAGCAUGUUCUGGCCAGCAUUCAAUGCUGUAAUUAAUAUUCUGUCACAGUACAGCACCGAACUGUGCAGAGCUAGUUUUUCAAGUGUCUGUUACUGUAACUAAUGGAUUUAACAGUAAAAAGCUAGACUAAUUGCAUAUUGGAUUUUUUUGCUAUCAUUUUUGGACCAGGAAUGGUACCUAUAGCUGUUCCUUUUCAUAGGUCCUCAAAUUUCUCUUUAAAAAAUAUAUAGAACAAAGAUGUACAAGAGAAUACAGUAAUCCUUGCUGGAUUAUGUUACUAGAUUUCUUUUUAAACACAAUUCUAUAGUUUACUCCUGUUUCAUAGGAGAGAAGUCGUGGGACCCACUAGUCUGCUCUCCCAUUGACCUUACUGGGGGCUAGUCUUAGCAAGACUGUGACACUUAGAACUUCGGUACUGUUGACAAGGAACCUUCCAUGUAUAAUUGCAGCUAAUGGUAAUGCACUUACCCAAUGGCUGCAGGAAAAAAUCCUUUCUUUUAUUCUUUAGAAUUCAAGAACCAGGGCUAAUUUGAAAGCUGUCCAUGCUGUGACCUAGCUAGCAUAGUUACAGGACAUGAAGAGGAGGAAGUAUGGCCUAGUGUUUAAGGCAUUCUGGGACUUGAAUGGCAUGGGUUCAAUUCUGUACUCUGCCACUGUCUUUCUCAGAGACCCUGGGCAAGUCAGUUUGUCCGUGCCUCAGUUUCCCAUCUGUAAUACAGCAAUAAUAGCACUGUCCUACCUCACAGGGAUAAUGUGAGGAUAAAUACAGUAAAGAUGGUGAGGUGCUCAGAUACUGACUGUGGUGGCCGGUGUUGUACAAGGAUCUAAGAUGGGACAGGAUGGGCCCCACAAGCAGAUCUGUGAUAAAAUUGCCUAUUUUUCAGUAAAUUUCAGCAAAACGUUAAUAAUUAUCUACUAGAUUUUAUUACAAAAAUUGUUGCUACUUGCAAAAAAGAUUUUGAAUGGUAUGUUUUGAAAUUAAAAUUUCAGCAGUUUUUGCUUUGAAACUUGAUCUUUGAUUAAAUUUCAGAAUUUUAAAUUUUGAAAUUUGAUGUUUCCUCUUUCUAAUAGGAUUGAGGUAACUCAAUAAUCAAGCAAAAAAAAAGGCAUUUUAAUAGGUGUUUUCAUUAAGCUGGUUAUGGUUUGGUAAAGAAAGAAAACUGCAAAUCUCAGAAUUUCCCAAGUGGUAUUGUAGCUGUAUGGGUCCCAGGUGAUGAGAGACAUGGUAGCUGAGAUAAUAGCUUUUAUUGGAAAUUGCUCCAGUAAAAGAUAUUAACUCACCUACCUCAUCUCUCAAUUGUCAGAGGUAAUCAGGUGAAUUCAUUCCUUCACAUGUAGCAUGCUAGCAAAAAGCUUGGGCAUCAGUUAAGUCCCACUUAAGCCUACAUGGGGUUGCAGUGAGUGUAACUAAAGACAGGAUUUGACCCACUGUCUUUAUUGUGAUAUUUAAUUAAAUUCUGUGUGUAGUCUGCAUAGCAUAUCGUCUCCCAAACACCACAACGAGAACCCUGGGACCCCCAUGCUCUUGUCCCCUUAACAGAGGUGAGAGAAUGAUAAUACUUCAUUGUCAGACUGAUAGUGGUGAUCUUUACACUGAUAUUAGACUACCUCUUGAGGUUUCAGAGUUCUAUUAAACAUCACUAAGGUCACCAUUGUUGGGGUUUUCUCCCAGAUGGAGUUCUGUGGUGCUGAACUCCUACACAAGAUGUUACACAAUGAAAUACCGUACGUGAACCUGUACUCCAUCGAUACCUCAGGGCACCACAGAGGAAGCCUCCUGUUGGGCAACACAAAUGGAGAGGGGAGAUUGGCUUUUGUAUUGACUGCAGUAGAGAAUAUGUUAGUUCUAGAAUAAGAGAAAGAGGCAGGAAGAUCUGCACACCCUUUUUUAAAGACAAGCAGAAUGUCUUGGGAAAAUUGUAUAACAAUAUUUGCUUAUGGACCAGAUGAUUUGGGACAGUUUCUCACUCUCUAGGUUUUUAUAUCACAUCCUUCACCAUGGUACCUGAGGGCUUCCCAAAAUAAUAUAUCCCCUUUUCCUAAAUAUUUCAGAUUUUGCCUUCAUGCAAUGGGCUGUAACUACAUCAGUGGUGUCAGACUGUUUUUUUUCUGUCUCCCUUUGGACCUACACAUUCUAUCCUCUAACCUGCUGUCCUUUAGGAUGAUGAAAAGCCCAAAAGAGUACAGUAUAUUUUGAUUUCACAUGCAUUUUAACAGAAAAGAUACUGUUUCCAGUUUUAAGGGCAUGCAGAAAAUCAGAUACAGUACUGCAGUGACGGGCAUAUUAGAAAGACCAGAGAUUACACAAGAUUUUAUGGCUCCUCUGAAAAUGACCUUUGGGGGUACAUUUCCGCAGCAGUGGAGGAUUUAGCAUCUUGACACCUAUUUUAAUAUAAUGGGCUAAAUGAAUUUACACAAGCAACAUUUAGAAUUUAUGCUCUUGAUUGGAAAAAAGCUGCAUGCAGCCUAUAACUGCCUACUAAUGGUAGUCCGUAGCGGUACUGCAGAGUGCAAUAAGAAGACAAACGGAGCCAAUUAGAAACAAUAUGAACUGGACCAUGUUAAUGUCAGAUGGCACCGCACUUUUAUCUUCUCAGAGUUGUCCUCUCCUUUUUUUAAGGGCAAAUCUUUUCUCCUGCAAUGGCUAGACUGCUUGAAAUGUUUUGUGUGUUGUGCAGUGAAGAGUGUAAUUUUAGGCUGAAGCCACCAUCCUCAGCCUUGUUUAAGUUUCAUAAAGAUUAUUGCAGGAUGAAGAUAAAAUGCCAUGCUCCAAGUUUUGGCAUCUGUCAAAACAGAUGAAGCUGAAAGGAUCUUUUUUUCACACUUUCAUUGUAAUAUGUUUGAAGACAUUCACAAGUUGAAAAAUGGUUACUUCUCGUUCUGUGGCAUCUGGCAUUUGUCUUGCGAUUGGCAGUGUGUUACUAGAAAAUAGCGUACAGUUUCUCUCAUCUUGAUUGAUGUGCUAUACAGACAGUCUUGUAUAAGACUUGGAUUUGAAAUGUUAUGAAUGUGAGUGCCUUUCCUAGAUCUUUCAAGUGGUACAAUCUAUGCCCUGAAAUAUCCAUUUUUCUCAUCUCAUAACUGUGCUCCCUGUAUCUAGGUGAGAUACAAAACUGCAGUUUGUAAUAAACUCAGAUGAGGGGUCUCUGUAUGUUGCCACGCUUUAUUGGCUCUGAUGGAUGUAAUAGAGAUUUUCAGAGCUUGUAUCUAUUUCUUGCUUAUGUGAUAUUGCUGAUUUGCCUCCCAUCUUAAAAGACAAAGAAUGCUUUGUAGAAUAGUCAACACGUUCAGUCACCUAUCACUGGUAACCCAAAGUCCACGUAUUUAUGCAACUGGGAAACUGCAUGACCUGUUAUUUCCUGUAGAGAAUAUAUAGAACAGAGCUGUUCUUUGGGCACUUAAUGGCAAAGUCACAUUCCCGCUCUGCCCCAUCCUCCAGUUCUGGCAAUUUCUUCUGAAUCUUAUUUAGAGUCCAAAGCAAAAUGAAUUUUACAUAACCCUUGGGCUAGUGCAGUCUGCACACAAAAAAUGACCAGAGAGGUUUAAUUCAGGAUAUGAAUGCUGAUGUCCUGAGGUUAAUCAGUAAAUCCUGAUGGCUCAUCCUAGGGAGAAAACCAGUAAGCGACUGGUACUUGGAUGUAUUUUAUUAGACUGGUUACCACUGAAAUCUUUCCACUCAUUCAUGGAAACAUCAUAUGGAAAAAUCAAGCCCGUGUUCAUCACUGUCUGACCUUGUUCCAUGUUUCAUCACUAGCAAUUGUUAUGUCUGUUGGACAGUGACCAUUCAGCCUCCAGGUAUCUCUGUCGUCUGUUUUCUUUUCCACCACAUGUUCUCUCUUUGUUCUGCCUAAUUCCAUGGCUCUAUUUUCCAGCUUGCCCACGCACACAGCAAAUUGAUGCUUUUAUUAGUGAUUUCUGUUAAUUUGGCACCAUGUUGAAUCUAUUAGUGUCAUUUCUUAUGUUGCUAUGGAGCUUCUACUAGAAUGUGACUGUCUCCUUAGUUGAUUAUAAAGAUGAAAACUUCCUGCUCCAUCUUCUUGGUAGCAGGGUUAUAGCAAGGUCCCAGAGGGCCCGGGUGCAAGAAUAUGUUAGGGUCCCUGUUCCCGAUUCCAAAAUCCACCCCCUCCAGCCCAGCCACAGCUCCAAUUCAGCCCCUGCUUAGCUUCCCUCACAGCCCUCCUUCAGAUCCCCCCAUAACCCUGCAGUUCUGAGCCCCACCAGCUCUCUCUCAACCCCCCUCCAGCCUCCAUCAGUCCAGCCCCCAACUCCCCCAGCCCUGAUCCAAUCACUCCUCCUGCCCCCUACUUCCCCGAUCCACCUCUCACCCUCAUUUCAGGCCCACACAAGUCUUCCCCCCAGGUCCCUCCUUUGUCUGCUCCAGCUCCACUCCAGCCCCCUACUCCACCCAUCCCCCCAGCUCUGAUCCAGAACCCCCCAAGCGCCACUCCAACUCCCUUCCCCCAUCCUCCACAGCUCCAGUCCAACCUCCCACCCCAGCCAGUUCCGCCUCAAAAUGGCCAAUGCUUUUACCUGGGGCUCCAUGUCUAGAAGUGGGGGGCACAUCUCCCAUAUCCGCCCCUUCUCCCCCUCUCGCCUUCUCUGUGCAUCUUUGCCGACUGCUCACGCUUGAGGUUGCCCUAGCUGGAGGGGCCCCCAAUCCCAGCUGCCUCCCUAUCCCGGGACCCGCUCUCCUCCGGCGGCCCCUUUCCACUGUGGUGUGGCGCGGCUGAACUUCUGCCAGUGGCAUGAAUAGGGAUACAUGUAUGCAGCUAGAUCUGAGCGCCCCCGUAUCCUUGUGGGCCCUGGUGCAGCUGAACCAUUUGCACCGAUGUAGCUACGUCCCAGCUUGGUAAGCUGUCAUCCAUCCCAUCGCACUGCACAGCUGUUGAUUAGAUGAUUGAGCUUUGCUGUGGCUUUAUUCCGUUAGCGCAAGCCCUUCAAGCCGAGAGCUGGACUCCUCUGCUACCUUUCUGCUCAUUAACACAAAACCCGAUCAGUUGUCCAGAGCAGAUGAGCUCAUAGAGUGUCUCUGUCUUUUCCUGUCUUUAGACUAUAGUGCUGUGCUUUCCAGGGGGUGGGCUUUCUUAGAGCUUCAUUGCACAGGAGUGCAGACGUCCUCAUUAAAUCCAAUCCUGCCUUAAUGGAGAGAGAGCAACCUCCCAGCCGACCCAAAUGAUGCCAAGUUGUAACUGUCCUUGGUGCCGCUACUGACUGGAGCUGUACGAUUUUCAGGCUCUUGUUCUCACACCACGUGCAUUUUUUCCACCCAGUGAGAAUGGCUUUGGUUUUUUAACCUUUGAAAGUGGAUAUCUUCAUGGUUAUAACUAACAUAAGGGAUAAAAUAAAUCAAAUCUAAUCUAAUCUUUUCAGCUAAUGUCUUGAAUCAAAUUUACAGAAGGGACCUCUCAGUAAAUGGCACCACACAAUUUCUUUUAAAUCUACAGGGCUACAGUUGAAAGGUAGAGUAGAUGCAUUAAAAUGCCAUCUACACUUCACCCUGCAACCAGAUAUGUUGUUGGAUUUCUACCAAAAUCCGAUUGGCUUUCUGUCUAGUCUUGCCUUGAAUAACGCCAGCCUGGGAGAUUCCUUGGCAGGUAGUUUUUUAAGGAUAAGAUAUUAGCCGAGGCAGUAAACACAGUGCUGCUCUCUAUUCUUUUACAAGAAUAGUAAUAAUAGUGUAUUUUAGUUAUCAUAAACACACAUCAGAGUGUAUGACAUUAUAUUCCAGAGCCGAGCCGAAUAUCCUGAUUUAAUACAUAAAGUAAGUGAGCGACUUGGAAACGUCAUAAAAUCCAGAAAUAAUUUGAGUUUAAUUGAAGCAUCUUAGUGUAGAAGUUGUUUUCAAGUUGGCUAAGGAUGUUGUCUCAUGGUUCAUCUCUGUCAGACAGUGCUGCUGUUUCGAAUAACGCCCAGCUUGGUGGGCUUGGAGUGCUGUUGUUGCUCUGACAACUUGUGCUGUUUGGAAGCUGUAAAGUUCUUGACUACGAACACCCGUACUGAGAGCCAGGCGUUCUCCUUCGAGCAGACGCAGCUGUGUCUCCCAGUUAGGUGUAUACGCAUCGCGCGCGCUGGAGCCGGAGAAUUUUGCCUAGAAGUGCUCACAGAGGUAAAGAGCUGUUCCAGGCCAUACUCCCUCCCCUGGCUGUAUGAGACAGCGCCACCCGACCCCACCUCCCUUCCUCCGCACCGAAUGCCCACAAGAUGAGACUCUGGUGCAGAGGGGACGAAGGCUGGGCACAGGGCCGGCUCUAGGCACCAGCAAACAAAGCACGUGCUUGGGGUGGCACAUUUUCAAGGGCGGCAUUCAGGUCGUCUUUUUUUGCUUUGGGCGGCAAAAGCCUAGAGCUGGCCCUGGGUGGGUAAUGGAAUACACGUUUGCAUCACAGCUCGAAGAACCACAGUUACAAUAAGUAACCAUUUCUCCUGAGUAUUGUGGUGAAAGUUCUGGAGCCCUCUUCUCCCUGGCCUUUAAAGGCUGCUUGGCAAUGGCUGUGCUUUCGGUGCUGGCCCCUAAAGGGUGUGGUACUGCUGGUAUACAGGAUGUCUACAGCUAUAAAGCAAAAUCUCAUCUUUAACUCUCAGUGUGAAACUACCUUUGAUUUCGCUGAGCGCAUCUGAGGGCAGAGUUGAGCCGAGGGAGCUGAUUAUCUUGUUGCUUUGAAAACAAAUUGGAAAUGGUACUGAUGCAAUUCUGUCUUUCAUUUACGUUUCUAACACUGAGAACCACUUGAUAGAAAGUGAACACAAAAAGAGGUGUUCUGCUCUGGCCGACAGAGACACCACCAAAUAGUUAUUGCUUAUGGAGCACGACACAUCCAGGACACUUCAUCAAAUGCAUGAGGCCAAGGUACAUGUCCCCCCCCCCCCAAGUUUUACAGACUAAUCGCUGACAUAAUUCUAUUGCAAAUACUGUAAUGGAAAUAGAGUCCAGCAAAAUGUUUGGCUUCAUUGAGUCAAUCGGUCCAAAUGCUGCAGCAAUGGGCCUCUAAUAAUGAAUGCAAAUAUUUGUGCCAUCUUAAGGUCAUCAGCAGAGAUUAAAGUAAUUGACAUAUUGGUGUAGUGUGGAGUCGAGAGAACUCAGCACGUGUCUCUGAACACAAUGGUGGGCUGUGGCGUUACAGGUGGCAACAAUAGCCAGAACAUUUGUUGCAGGCUAUGGAAGGAGAGGGGAAUUUCUGAAGAGUGCUGCAGCCCUUGUGCCUCUGUUAGCUGUUCAUAGCUUCUCCCCACCAACUCAAUAGUCCCAGUCUCUGGCGGGCAGGCGGCAGUGUGUCUGUAUGCAGCAGGGGCUGAAAAUCAAAAGGGCACAACCUGGCAAUGAAGUUGUGCUGAGCCUUCUCCUUUAUGGUUCAGGAGGCCAGGCAGGGAACAGAAGAGGCCAGAACCCUCUCCGCCUUUGCAGUUGUCAUGCUUGGCACUGCCAGUGACACAUACUAAAACGUUUGCAUUUAUUAACCCAAGUAUAAACUGCAGGGACCUGAAUCAGUUCAGAAUGAUCACUUACCAAUUAAAAACUAAAGUGCUAUUUGCUCUCCUCACUUGGUCCUGAAACAGUAAAUGUCACUAUUGUUUGUUCCACUGUAUUUGUAAAAUGCUGCACUUUAUUGCUGUGGAUAGUUGGAGCUAUUGAAGAUAGAGAUUCUGUUAUUGUAUAGAGAGUUAUGUGCUAUAUUUUAUCAUUGAGAUGAAUGAAUCAUUGAAUGUUUAAUGCUUUAAUUUUUCUGAAGUAGGAAAACAGGUUUUUUUUAAAGAUUUGUGUAAUGUACAUAGAUUAUGAAUCAUUGCUAAGAUACAUUUUUGGGUAAUGAUCUAUAUAUUACAUAUUUAGGAGCCAUCAUGUAGAAUGCCUGGUACAAGGUAGCCAGCUAUAAAAGCAGCACUCAUGUCAUCAUGCGCAUAUUUCAGUGUGGAUGGAGGGAGAGGGAGGGUGGGAAAUGACAUGUCAGAGAGAGACGUGACAUAGGUUUAAGCAGUUAUUUGUUCAGUCUCCUAAUGUGGAGAUUAAAGAUCACCAAAGCCCUUUAAACCACUAAACAAAAUACACCCACAAGAGGAAUCAAUAGCAGAAAAAGUGGAUUUCAGAUUCUUGACUCCAAAGUUACUUCUGUUUAGUUUCUUCUCCUCAAGGUCCCAUAGCACAGUGAGAAGAAAAGAGGUGAGUACCAUAUAAUCCCAGGCCAUACUGUCUGCAUUCAGCUGUGUUUCACUUUCACCUCACAAAGGAGUGACAAUUCUUAUGGUGCAUGUACUGUGCUAGAGAACUACAAACCCCAGCAUGCUUUGCAAGCGAGCUAACAAUUCCUAUCUUUCCAUGGGAUAAAAUUAGCUAUAUAAGAAACACCUGGGUACUCCUUUCCCCCGCAUCUCUUGCUGUGUCAGUGGAUUUGCUUCCAAGCUGAACAGAGGCCACAAGCCUUCUACUAGGAUACGUGCCUGUGAGUAGCUGAUCUCUUCCAAUUACCCUGCCCAGAGCAAUGGCAUAGGAGCUCCCAAACCAGUAAGUAGCAGCAUAUGCUGUAUUUACAUGUUUGUAUUUGCGUGGGCAUGGCUUUGUUGCUGUCCUACCGUACAGUAUAACUAAUAACCAUCAUCCAUUGCUACCCUUCUUGGGGGUGAUAGCAUAUUUUAAUAUUGGGGUGCUAGGGCAAACAUGACUGUCAAAAUCAAUAACAAGUUUAACAGGUAAACUAAACAGUCAUGGGAGUUGGAAACAGCCCUUUACACAGGUUAGGGACAUCCAGGAAAACAACACUAGUAGGAAGGCUUUGGGAUUCCCCAGUUCAGACUGGUUCCAUGUCCUCUCAUCUGCAGUAAGAAGGCUGCUUAGUAGCUGUGUUGUCUGCAACCCAGCCGCCAUACCCCCCGUGCUUUGUGCAUCCCCUUACCAACCUGUGUGUAGCGCUGGGCUGCUUGUAUGGCAAACACUCACUCAAACCCUUAAAAAUCACUUAAAAACGAUCACUCACUUUUGUUGAUUAUGAGGCAAACAAUCUGUUGAUGCUUUUUUCAAGUAAGGGUGAAUUCUUCAUUUACAAAUAUAUUGGCCUUCACACAUGCUUUUAACUUAUACAUUUGCUGAUGUAUAUUCAAGAAAGACAUUUGAUAAGACUGCUGUCCGAGAGUGGGGCUCCAGAUCAACUUGUGUUUGAAUAGUGAGGCAGCAUUAGAAAGAAGCCCUUGUUAUGCAAAGAGAACUGUAAUGUUUCUGGGGUUUGAUUCCUUUUAGUUGCUGGGCCAGGGAUUGAAGAAUUUCAGGGUAUUAGUGCACUGCUCAUUGAAGUCAGGUGUUUAUCAGCUGGAAAUUAGCUUGCCUUGAUCAGCUGUGACCAUGUGCUUGGCAGUGAGGAAAGACCCAUCCCAGAACAUUCUCUCCUCUGCUGUGAUGCUGCUGAAUUCAGAGGAGCUGGUGGAUUGAAUGUAAUUUUUGGCUGGGGACUGUGCCAUGAGUGUUCAGAGUAAGGCAAAUCUGGCCUAUUGGCCCCAUUGCCAAGACGGGUCUGGGUGUACAAGCCAAUUAUCAGAAGGUGAAAGCAACCGCAUAGACUUCUUGAGUAGAUUUUGAACAGCAAUAUGGAAGUGAAUGAAUGUACCUUCUAAAUGAAUUAAAGUCCUCUUUCGUUAA